AGACAAGACGAAUUGAAAUGGAACGGUUGGGGUUAUAAAGAUUCCGUUUUUCACAUCAAUAAAGAUGACUGUGUGCAAUAUUCAGGAGAUAGGUAUAGCAUUAGCGGUCAUGAAUUUCCUGAAUUAAGAAAAUGGAUGGUCGAACGCUGCGGUGUUAGUCUGGAUGAUAAAACCUUUUCUCAGAAUGUGCCCAAAGCAGUUGAUUUGCCCGCAAUAAUUUCAAAUGACGCUUUUGUACGUGAUUUGAGUACAACUGGUGUCGCAGUAUCCAUGGAUGCUGAAGACAGGUUAUUUCGAGCGCAUGGACAUACAUUGGCUGAACUGUAUGAUUUGAGGCAUGGUAAAUUUAAGCGAAUCCCAGAUAUAGUGGCAUGGCCCGAAAAUCACGAUCAUGUUGUAAAAAUUGUUCAACUAGCAUCGAAGCAUGAUGUCUGCAUCAUACCUUUUGGAGGGGGCACUACUGUAAGUGGAGCUUUGCUAUGUCCAGAGAAUGAAAAUAGAAUGAUCUUGUCCUUAGAUACAUCUGAAAUGGAUCGCAUAUUAUGGGUCGAUCCAGAAAACUUUCUCGCUCAUGUUGAAUGUGGUAUAAUUGGCCAAGACUUGGAGCAACAGCUAGCUGAAUACGGUUUUUGUACUGGACAUGAACCGGAUUCAAUGGAAUUUAGCAGCUUGGGCGGCUGGGUUGCCACUAGAUCUUCUGGGAUGAAAAAGAAUAAAUACGGCAAUAUCGAAGAUAUGUUGAUAAGGGUUAGAAUGGUUACAGCUAAAGGUACCAUCGAAAAGUCCUGUCAGGUUCCUCGUAUGUCGACUGGCCCAGAUAUUCAUCAUUUCAUAUUAGGCUCAGAAGGAACGCUUGGAGUUAUAACCGAAGUAACUUUAAAGAUUUCGCCUUUGCCAAAGUGUAAAAGAUAUGGCUCUAUUGUUUUUCCAAAGUUUGAAAACGGAGUUGCAUUUUUAAAAGAAAUUGCUGCAAAACGUAUUGCUCCUGCAUCUAUCCGUUUAUUGGAUAAUGAUCAGUUUCAAUUUGGUCGAAACUUGAGACCUCCUAAGACUUCUAUCUUUGCAAGGCUAGCCGAUAAGUUGAAGACCUUAUAUGUUGUUAAUUUUAAAGGCUUUGAUCCAAAUUCGUUGAGCCUGGUGACUAUCGUUUUUGAAGGAACCGAAGAGGAGGUAGCUUUGCAGCAGAAAAACAUUUAUGCUGUCGCUAGUGAUCACGGUGGCUUAAAUGCUGGUGAAGAGAGUGGAAAGGCUGGCUAUAUGUUAACAUUUUCUAUUGCCUAUCUGCGGGAUCUGGGAUUUGACUAUUCUUACAUGGCUGAAUCGUUUGAGACAACGCUCCCAUGGAAUAAGGUUAUUGAUGCAUGUCGCAAUGUUAAACAUGUACUUCUUCAAAAGUGUAAAGAACAUUGUGUUCCAUGUGAACCGUUAGCAACAUCAAGAGUUACGCAAGUUUACGAUACUGGAGCUUGUGUCUACUUUUACUUCGGGUUUCGUUAUACAGGUUUAGAACAUCCAGUUGAAGUCUAUGAGAGCAUUGAGCAAGCUGCAAGGGACGAAAUUCUUGCUUGUGGUGGUAGUCUUUCGCAUCAUCAUGGAGUUGGUAAGAUACGCAAGCAAUGGCUACCUCAAACUGUCUCUACGGUUGGACUACAAGCAGUAUCUGCUAUUAAAAAAGAACUUGACCCUCACAAUAUAUUUGGAUGUCAAAAUUUGUUUUCAAAACUGUAA